CUCUGCUGUGACUCAAAAAUUUAAAAUGACUGAUCAGAGAGGAAAGUUUAUCUUGUCAAACGAAGAUUUCAGUAACAAUGGGCAAGAGAAGAAGGUUGUCCCUUUUGCAGACCUUCCAUCAAGCCUUUUGGAGACAAUAAUGUGUUGUCUUGUCUUAAUUGAUAACAUUCGUGCCUCAGCUGUCUGCAAGGCAUGGCGCAAAGCCGCUGAAGCUGUUCGGGUUGUGGGAAAGCAUCCAUGGGUUAUCACCUUGCGGAAACGUGACGACUUGAUUGUUCUCUAUGAUCCAAUGGAACGAAAGAGGUACACACUUAAUUUUCCUGAGUUAGCUGGAACCGAUGUUUGUUACUCGAAAGAUGGAUGGUUGCUUAUGCGCAGAUCCAGUUUAGUGGACAUGUUCUUCUUCAAACCUUAUACUCGAGAGCUUAUAAACUUGCCCAAGUGUGAGUUGUCUUUUCAGGCCAUUGCUUUCUCCUCCACCCCCACAUCGGGUACUUGUGUGGUAAUAGUGUUAAGACCGUUGACGAGAUACAACGUUCGUAUAAGCAUUUGCUAUCCUGGAGCAACAGAGUGGGCUACUGAAGAUUUUUCUUGCUCUCUUGGAUUUGACCCCUACAUGCAUAGCAACCUUGUCUAUGCAAAUGGUUAUUUCUAUUGCUUCAGCUCGGGAGGUGUUUUAAUUGACUUUGAACUAGCUUCCCGCACAGUCAGUCAACAAGGAUGGAGUGAACAUAGAUGCCCUUAUAUUCAUAGCGAUGAAUGGUCAAAUAUGCCGAAGAGAAUUUACUUGACUGAGCAGAAGGGAGAGCUCUUUCUCAUGUAUACAUGUAGUAGGGAGAAGCCGAUGGUGUACAAACUUGUCUCCUCGAAUUGGGAGGAGAUGAGUACUCUUGAUGGUGUGACCAUCUUUGCAAGUAUGUAUUCUUCAGAGACGAGAGUGGAUGUUCGAGGGAUGAGGAACAAUGUCUACUUCCCAAAGAUUGGCUUAAAAAGCAAGACUUGUGUAUCAUACUCAUUCGAUGAAGGCAGGUACCAUAAGCAGUACCCAAAAGUAAAAUAUUUGUGGCAGAUGCGGAAAGAACUAUGCCCUCUUAGGAGCCUUUGGAUAGAGCCACCGCCUAAGAACGUCGAAGAUUCGAUGAAAUGAUAAAGCAAAUGGAUGAUGUUAAAGGUAAUUAAGUUGAGCUUUAAGUUUUCUUUUUCUAUUUGAUAUAUGUAUUGACCAUUGCAUGUAUGAAAACAUACAUUUCAGUUUUAUGUUCUAAGUUACAAAUUUGUAUGCGAAAUUUGUACUGUAGUUUUAUUUUUAAGAUUUUGGACACCUUGGAAUUUUUCUCGU